CCUUUGGUCACUCUAACAUCAACAAAAGGCGCGCGGUACCGGCAGCUAUUAAGAGAAUUCGCGAAAUUUGUAAAUAAAGUGAAUUAGUGAAAGGAUAAAUAUGUCCUCCAGCAACGCCUGCAAGAUGCUGCUGCUCGGGCGCUGCCUUCAUGCCGUGCUCAUGAGUGCAGCAAUUCAGUUUCAGCUCCUGCUCGUGUUUCUACUCUUGGUAAACUUCCAGCUCCUGAGACCGCUGGAUUGGGUUAGUGGCACUGUCGGUCUGAUAUGCAGCUGGUACACCUGGUUUGCCAGCAUUCCGCUACUAGCGGCUGUUGUGCUCUACGGUGUGGCCCUGUGCCAGCAGCACUUGGUGGAACGCCCCUACUGUCCCACACGUUACCGAUGGAUUCUGCAUUAUGGGCCGCGAAAACUGUUCUUCCUGGGCGCCCACCUCCUGGUGGGUUUUCUUACGGCGUGGCUGUAUACAGGCUAUCUCCAGACCGACUACAGGCAUCUUAGUUACAAGUGCUACGGCGAGGACUGCAUUAGUGGCUACCAUGUGUAUAUGCUUGGAAUGGGUCUUACAGCUGGUUGCUAUUACUUUGUGUCAGUGCACAAACGCCAGGAAGACUCCAUUAAGUUCCCCAUUGUGGAACAAACCCGUGGCGAGAAACUCCGUGAGCUUAUCUACGCCACCCUGGCACGAUCCUUGGUCCGAUCAGUGGUUCCAACGCUCAGUUAUACCGUGGUCUUUUCGAUUUUGGGACGGCUGGUUUGCCUUAAGUUGAGUCAUAUCUUAGGCGUAAAUAUGGAUGAGCGAAUGGAGGGCUUUUUCGGUGUUGUAACUAAUGUUAAGCUUCUGUUCUAUGGCUGGUUGCUGACGGCCCAGAUACUAAGCAACAUGCAUCUGAUGCGUAGCUUCUACGGCAUACUGCUCUGUGAGGAUCUGCCUCUGGUUAUAACCAAGCAAAAAGCCGCCUUUGCAAACGAGCAGGAAAUUUCUCUAGUGUCCGCUCUUGGAAUCCUCAACGUAUAUAUUGUGCAGUGUCUGGCGGCCAACUUCUUCUAUAAGCUGGCAAUGCGCAAGGACUCAAAACUGCGAGCGGAAAUCUUCCAGCUAACAGAACCCGGCAACCGUCCGGCCAACUGGCGGGCACUCUGCGAUCAGUGCCUAGUCAUUCUAGGCAGCUUUACAGAUGAGCUGAUCGAGUCCAUGCAAAAGAUAAGUGUGCUCAAGGGGUCACAAAACCUUCCACUGCCACAAACAAUUGACUCCACUAGCACAAGCCUCAUGGCAGAAAGGAUAUUGCUGCGCCAAUAUAACCAGAUGCACGGUAUCCGGCCAAUAGCCUCGCCAACAAGGAAUGCCGCGUUUGAUCAGCCUGCUGACGGCAUCCGGCACAUGCCCAACUGGUGUGAGCGAGUUUCAACGCAACUAGAAGAGUCUGUGCAUCGACUGGUGAACCGAAUUCCUGGAAUUGUAUUCCUUUUCAGUGAGCCAGAGGGUUCUAAAACAAACUUUUUGUUAUCCAACUCCCAGCACGUAGUCUACAUCACCCAGGCUUUAUCCCAAAUCUGCGUGGCGUCCAUAAACGAGGACCGGUACGGUGUGGUGCAAAACGACCUGCCGGCCAUCAUCAAAGUGAUCAACAAGUUACGGGGUGAGCUUGACAAACUGAACAGCGUGAUGGGCAACCUACGAGCGCCUAGCUCUGAAUUCAACGUUCUGCGAUCCGCCGUGCGUCGCAGUCUUUACACCAUCUGUAACUCUUUCUUCGACUAUCUGGGGGAUCUGUUGCCCCCUGGAGAGGAGCUUCACCAACUUCAGGCCUUUAUUCAACAGGAAUAGAAGGAUUUUUACACCACCUCAUCAUUACACUCAUUUUGUACACUGUUUUUCAUCUCUAUUUAGUUGUUAUUUGCGGUAACAAUAAAAAUUAAUAAAUACAACUACAAAUGUACAAUAGUUA